AUGGACAGUCACGUCAAAUGUACGCUCUUUUUUCACAGCCCCGUUGUAAAUAAACGAAUGGCAGAGACGAUGAUGAUAGUGAAAUUGCUACCAAAAUAUAAAAUCAACACGGAAACCUCAAACUCAACUGUGUAUUAAGACUGUGGUGGCUACGUUGAUGUCAUUCCUACCCGCCAGUUUGCUGCCUGCCACGAGAGUCAGACUGUGUCGUGUCACACAGGUAGCUUGUGGCCAAUGCCACAGGCUCGACCUGCCGAGGGAAGUGGACUAUCAACAUCGGAAAGAGUUGGCUUUAACAGACCUUUUUAGUCCUAUCGUGGCUGUUGGAAGAGGGGGUGCCUGGGGGUUUUCCGGCUGCAGAAGUUGUCAUGUCAGAUCUAAAUAAAGAGGUGGUGGACUUGGUCUGGGGGAGACCGUCCAGUGGUGGAGUGUCUGCCUCAAUCUUCCGUAGAUGGACUCAAGGUUUUGUGUUCAGUGAGAAUGAGCACACAGCACUGGAACAGUUUGAAGGAGGACCGUGUGCUGUCAUUGCACCUGUCCAGGCUUUUUUCUUGAAGAACAUCCUCUUUAACAGAGAGAGUCCAAAUUGGAGACAGAUGACAGAGGAGGAGCAGAGAACAGCACUGUGUGCCACACUGAGUGAAAUCCUUGAGUCUGCCUGUUCCAGCCCAGCCACAGAGUUCUGCCUGGUGACCUGGGCCAAGGGACAGAUCCCACAUACGAGCAAAAACACUAACACACAGACACAGCCGCAGUCACAGUCCCAAACACAGGACGUGCCAGAGCCGGAGAGCAGCCAGCCACCACAGGAGCAACAACCCACUGCUUUGGCUGCUGAGGACCUUGGCUUUGAGCAGUUUCACAGUGUUUUGCAUAAGCGGACUAUAAUAUCAGUGUCCAGUCUUAGAGAGGAGGUGCUGUCUCUCUACCACACCUGGAGGGGGUGCUGUGGAGUCUUGCUUUUCCUGUACUCUGUCAUCCUCACCAAGGGCAUAGAAAACAUAAAGAAUGAGAUCCAAGAUACACUGGAGCCUCUUAUUGACCCUGUGCAUGGCCAUGGAAGCCAGAGUCUGGUGAACCUCCUUGUGACAGGCCAUGCUGUCUCGAACGUCUGGGAUGGAGACAGGGAGUGCUCUGGCAUGAAGCUGCAUGGUAUUCAUAAACAGGCAUCAGUUGGCUUCCUCACGCUUAUGGAAUCACUUCGCUAUUGCAAGGUCGGGGCAUUCCUCAAGUCUCCAAAGUUCCCUGUUUGGAUCCUUGGCAGUGAAACUCACCUCUCUGUGUUUUUCACAAAGGAGAUGUCCCUCGUAGGCCCAGAGUCCCCAUCAGAACAGGCGAGGAGGGUCUUCCAGUCGUUUGAUCCUGAAGAUAAUGGCUUCAUCGCAGACUCUCUGCUGGAGGACGUGAUGAAAGCCCUUGACCUUGUCUCGGAGCCAGAGUAUGUCAGUCUGGUGAAGAGUAAGCUGGAUCCAGAGAGUUUGGGCAUAAUUCUCCUGGGCCCAUUCCUGCUGGAGUUUUUCCCUGAUCAGGAUUCAGGAGUCCCAGACUCAUUUCCCAUCUACCACUACAACGGACUUAAACAGUCAAACUACAAUGAGAGGGUGGAAUAUGUGGAGGGAACAGCUUUGGUGCUAGGUUUCGAGGACCCCAUGGUUCGGACGGACGACACCCCUGUCAAGCGCUGUCUACAGACAAAGUGGCCCUACAUCGAGCUGCUGUGGACCACCGACCGCUCCCCGUCUCUGAACUAGUACUAACAGUCUUUGUGUGUUGGGUGUGUGUGGAUGGACCACUACUACUACUCCACACACACACACACACGCACACACACACACACACACACACACACUUCUCUUCUUCCGCUUCCUUUCUGCACACUGACCCUGUAAGGUCAGCAGAAUGCAACAACUGACACAUGUACGACAAUGAGAAAACACAAACAACGCACACAAGAGACUGGAACACAUAUACGGACUAAACUUUAAUGCCUGAGAUCCAUUCUGUCAUUCCCACUCACACGUUCCAUCAAUACAGCUUGUAAACGACACACAGGAUGUUGAUGAGGAUUAUUUGAAAAAAGAAAAAAAAAAAGAAUAUGACUGUUUAUUUUCACAGCUCUGCUCUGUGUCAGCAACUCCUCUGCUACAGUUCGGCAGGAGACGGCAUGAAAAACACUGUUCAGAGAGCAAACUGGUUUGGUUCAGCGACCCGGGUUUUAACCACAUGUACAGCCAGACUGUGAAACACUACUGUUAAUCCAGCUACAGGACUGUUUGAGGGAAAAUCUACCAAAGCCUUCCACUUAUGAGAACACAGACAAAAACACACAUUCUUUUCACACACACACACACACACACACACACACACACACACACACACACACACACACACACACAGCUAAGUGUUUACAGCAUAAAGGGACCAACACAACACACAGAGAGACGUAAAAUGCAGUAUUCAAAGCUGGUAUAGGCGCUCUGGAUGUGUGUGCGUGUUUCGUGCACCACAAGGAACCACUAGGAAGUUGGUUAAAUGCUCAUGUAUUUAUUCUCACACUCAAAGGUUCUGGAAUAAACACUCUUUUGUUGAAA